AGCGCGAAAACUUCAGACGAUGAUUCUCCAGCUUGUCCUCUUCCACCACUCAAUCCCUUUUCUUUCUCUCUGGUUUAUCCUCCGUCAAAAUGGCCGACGUAAAGAAGGUCAAGACUCCCAAGGAGUUCGCAAUCGACUUCUUGAUGGGUGGUGUUUCUGCCGCGGUCGCAAAAACCUCUGCUGCCCCCAUUGAGCGUAUUAAGCUUUUGGUUCAGAACCAAGAUGAGAUGAUUAAGCAAGGUCGUCUGUCUCACCCUUACAAGGGUGUCGCCGACUGCUUUGGCCGCACCUACCGUGAGGAAGGUCUCCUCUCGUUGUGGCGAGGAAACACUGCGAACGUCAUCCGGUACUUCCCCACCCAGGCGUUGAACUUUGCCUUCAAGGACUACUUCAAGUCGCUUUUCGGUUUCAAGAAGCAGGAGGGCUACUGGAAGUGGUUUGCUGGCAAUGUCGCUUCUGGUGGUGCUGCUGGUGCUUCGUCUUUGCUCUUCGUCUACUCCCUUGAUUACGCUCGUACCCGUCUCGCCAACGAUGCCAAGUCGGCCAAGACUGGAGGUGCCCGCCAGUUCAACGGUCUCGUUGACGUCUACAGGAAGACUCUUGCUUCCGAUGGUAUCAGUGGUCUCUACCGUGGUUUCGUCCCCUCUGUCGUUGGUAUCAUCGUUUACCGUGGUCUCUACUUCGGUGUCUACGAUUCCCUCAAGCCUGUUGUUCUCAUCGGAGCGCUUGAGGGCUCGUUCUUGGCUUCAUUCAUGCUCGGUUGGGGUGUCACCAUUGGUGCUGGUCUCGCAUCUUACCCUCUCGAUACCAUCCGUCGUCGCAUGAUGAUGACUUCCGGCUCCACUACCCACUACAAGAACAUGUUCGAUGCUUCCCGACAGAUCGUCGCCAAGGAGGGUACCAAGUCGCUCUUCAAGGGUGCUGGUGCCAACAUCCUCCGUGGUGUUGCCGGCGCUGGUGUGCUCUCGUUGUACGACAAGCUCCAGGAAGUGCUGUUCGGCAAGGUCUACUCCGGUGGAUCCGGCUAAACGUCCAUAAUGUUGUGGAUAUAUUCCCUAUCAGCCUCUUAGUACUACCGUCUAUCGCGCAUUUCUUACGACUUCCCACAUUAGACUCUGUGGUUAACUUUCUUUUUCUGGUUUAUUUGGUGCCUGGGAUACCACCACAUAAAUAUUCUUACAGUAGAUCCGGAAUAAAAAGCUAUCCUGCGCCAAUCUUUUGCUGAGGCUUCUGAGAGCUGUGUGAG